GAGAGUUGCCGUCGUCGUUUCAGGUUUAGGGUUUUAGGUGACACAAAACUCUCUCUCUUCCCAUUUUCGAUUUCCUAAUUGAAUCACUUUUAUGAACCCCAAAAUGCGAAGCUUCUUAUCCCCUCGCGUAUGUGUAUAAAUCGGAAUAUUAUCGCCGUCUGCUCCGAUGUCUCAGUCGCUGAUUCGAGCAAUCUCAUCUCGAAAGAACCAAUUGGGUUUUGGGUUCUUCUCCAGGUUCUCUUAUUCUCGCCACUUUCACUCCCAAUGGCCUAUCACUUCUCCCAAAUGCUCCACACAUUCAUCUUUAGGAGGUUUUGUAACCGGUUCUAGACGGUUUUCCGGUAACUUGAUCCCGGAGCUGAAUCACACUUGCUUAGUCCGACAGACAAAUUGGUUUUGUUCGGUCUCUUUGAACGAAGUAUCUGACUCAAAUCUUGUUUCCGAGGGAGAAACCAUCGAUAUAGAGGAUGUUGGAGCUUUGGAUAAUAAUAAGAAGCCAACGGUUGUGUACAAGAAACCUAUUGACUUCACCAAAAUCGACGCCAAGCUACUUCCCACUGUGAUGAUCCUUGGCCGCCCAAAUGUUGGCAAAUCUGCCUUGUACAACCGAUUGAUUCGGAGGAGGGAGGCUCUGGUUUACAACACUCCAGAUGAUCAUGUCACUAGGGAUAUAAGAGAAGGGAUUGCCAAGUUAGCUGACUUGAGGUUCAAUGUUUUGGACUCUGCUGGUAUUGAGACCGAAGUUUCUUCUGGUACUAUUCUUGGUCGUACCACUUCUAUGACCGCUAAUGUUCUCGCAAGGACUCAGUUCGCAGUUCUUAUCAUCGACGUUAGAGCGGGUUUGCAUCCAUUGGAUUUGGAAGUUGGUAAAUGGCUGAGAAAGCAUGCUCCACAGAUUAAGCCUAUUGUUGUAAUGAACAAAUCGGAGUCUAUUGGUGACUCUCUUGCUGAAGUUGCUUCUGAGGCUCUUGCUCUGGGGUUCGGUGAGCCUACUGCUAUCUCAGCUGAGACUGGACUUGGGAUGAAUGCACUUUACGAAGUUCUCCAUCCUUUACUAGAGGAUUACAUGGUCCAAACCUUAAACGAUAGAUGUACUCAAGAUGAUGUCACAAGUGAGGAGAAUCUCUCUGACGAAGACGACUCCAAGUUGCCUUUGCAGUUAGCUAUUGUGGGCAGGCCUAACGUUGGGAAAUCAACAUUGCUGAAUGCAUUGUUGGAAGAAGAGCGUGUGUUGGUGGGUCCAGAAGCUGGUCUCACUAGAGAUGCUGUGAGAGUUCAGUUCGAGUUUCAGGGCAGGACCGUCUAUAUGGUUGAUACUGCUGGUUGGUUAGAGAGAACAGAGCGUGACAAAGGACCAGCUUCUUUAAGUAUUAUGCAGUCAAGAAAGAGUCUGAUGCGUGCACAUAUUGUCGCUUUAGUACUCGAUGCUGAAGAGAUCAUAAAAGGUCAACGCAGUAUGACACAUUCAGAAGUAGUUAUAGCUAGACGAGCUGUAGAAGAAGGACGUGGUUUAGUGGUUAUCGUUAACAAAAUGGAUUGUCUAAGAGGGAAAAAGAACUCUGAGAUGUACAAGAAAAUCAAAGAAGCUGUUCCCAUUGAAGUUCAGACAGUUAUUCCUCAGAUAACAGGAAUCCCUGUUGUGUUUAUCUCUGCACUAGAGGGAAGAGGACGUCUACAAGUAAUGAACGAAGUCAUUGGCACAUACAAGAGAUGGUGCUCAAGACUCUCCACUGGUCGCCUCAACCGUUGGUUAAUUAAGGUAAUGAGCCGACAUUCGUGGAAAGACUCGGCUUCACAGCCAAAGAUCAAGUUCUUCACUCAGGUGAAAGCUCGACCGCCAACUUUUGUGGCGUUUCUGACCGGUAAAACGCAGUUACUGGAGAGCGACAUAAGGUUCUUGACUAAAUCGUUGAAAGAUGACUUUGAUCUAGGAGGGACUCCUAUUCGUAUCAUACAGAGGUCUGUGCUUAGGACUAGUCCCUCUGGUAAAAGCAGCGCUGGAAGCUCAAGCCGCACUGGUGGUCCCGCAAGGCAAAGAACCACCUCAGACAAACGGACCGUCUCUGUUUAAGAAAUCGUUUAUAACUGAAGAAGAAAUAAUUCCUAUAUCAGCUAGUUUUGUUCUUUCUUAUUUUUUUUUGGUGUUAUGUAACCCUGUUUCGUACCAUGAUACUUAUUAUAUAUAUCUGCUGUUCCACAAAAAGUUCAAGAACA